AUGUCCGGCUUUUGCUGGAGGCGCCCAACACGGCGACUACUCCAAACUGUCCGCCUCGCACACGUGCCCACGCAUGCGCCCGCAGCCGCCCUCGCGCCGUGCUUGCCGCUCGCCCUUCGCGCUGCGCUCGCCGCCGCAGCCACCGCGAGCAGCCGCAGCCGCCGCGAGCCGCCGCGCCUCACCUCGCCCCGCCCGCCCCCGCCUCGCCCCGCUCGCCUCGCCGCCGCCUGCUCCAAGCCGCGCCCCGCGCCCCGCUCGCGCUCGCCUUGCCGCCGCCUGCUCCAAGCCGCGCCCCGCGCCCUGCUCGCGCUCGCCUUGCCGCCGCCUGCUCCAAGCCGCGCCCCGCGCCCCGCUCGCGCUCGCCUCGCCCCGCUCGCCUCGCCGCCGCCUGCUCCAAGCCGCGCCCCGCGCCCGCCUCUGCACGCCUCGCCGGCGCCGCGCACGCCUCGUCGCGGCCCCGAGCACCGCGCGACCCUACCGGCGCCGCGCACGCCUCGCCGCGACUCCGCCUCCCCGGCUGCGAGCCUGCGCGGCCUCGCCCACGGCACGGCCCCGCCUGCUUGCCUGCGCGCGGCCACGCCCGGCCGGCCGUCAAACUGCGUGUCGAGCAGGAGGUAA